ACUCUGCUGCCAUCUUUGCAGAGGAACAACAGGCACUGUGACAAAGGUUCUCACAACGCUGCCCAGGGGACCCCAAAUGUCGAGGCAGAAGGGAUGGAAGAAAGCUAUGAGACAUUUGAAGAGGAGUUAGGGCCACCAAGAGCAGAUCCUCCUCCACAGAGGCCUGUUCGACAGAUCCGCAGACCAGAAAUGUACGCCACAAGGAGAGUCAGAGAGGAAAUGGCUCCAGUUCCACAGCAACCAAGAGCAGAACACAGGACUUUACCCAGGGAACCCAGCUUCGCCAGAACAACAUCCUUGCAUAAAGCCCUGUCCAUCCAAAACCUGAGCAGGAUUGAGACACCAUGGGAGAACGUCACUCUCAAUCGCUGUCUGUUUGUGGCCAUUACCAUCCUGGUGCUCACCUCGGGCUUUCAGAGGCUUCAUGAAGCGCUGCGUGGUCAGGGGACAGCGGAGGAGGAGGAAGAAUUUAGAAUGACGGUGAGACGGCCAGGCACAUUACGACACAGAGGACAACCGCCAGAGCCCGAGACAACUCUAUGGGACGUCAUGUUCUGGUGGCUGCCAGACCUUGACGAUGAAGAGGAUGAGGAGGAAGAUGAUGACGAAGGAAUCAAAGGAGGAAAGUCAAAGAGAGGAGCAACAGCACGAACAUCAAGAGGUCUCAGAAACAAGCCACUGCCAGACAGAAAACUCAUGAAGCGAAGAGAGGGGAAAUUAAAGGAGAGGAGAGCCAAGAGAGGCAGGGAUGAAGAGAUCAAAGACGAGAAAGAAAGAGAUAAAACGGAGGAACCGGAACAAGCAGUAGAUGAUGAAGAUGAGAAUGAAGGAAAUGAUGAGGCUGUCCCCAAGAAGAACAAAAAGUUGGAGGAACAGAAAAAGAAGAAAAAGACUCAAAAGGGAUGAGUUGAUUCUUUUGACUUUGGCAGACACUAAUUCAUUUUUCACCUGAACUGAUCUGUUAACAUUUAUUAAAAUGUGACCAUGCUGAAUUCAAUUCAAUUCAAUUCAUAGAUUUUCUGUCUGUCAAUGAAAUCUCUAUCACAGAGAUUAAAAACAAAACGUGAGCAUCCAGUUAAAUGACUGUAACCAAUCAAUCUGAAUGUGCUACAGCCUCUUGUUGCUUUGCUAGACCGAUGAACUUUGUGUAAUUGAGCUUUAAGUUGCCUGUAAAGACAUUUGCAUUUUCAAUGAAUUUAUUGUUCCAGCUGCUGUAUUUUGAGUGACCAUGUGAUCAUUUGAUUCUCUUUAGUGUUAAAAGACCUACAACAUCUUUAAUAAACUGCUUAUCGAUCACGCCAGCUCAGUUAACUGUCAGUAUGCAGCUAGCAGGGACUGAACAUGGGAAACUGAAGACAGAAAUUUGGGGCUAUCAACGAUUUGAUCCACUUAAUAAAUCCCCAGUAAAUUCAA